CGGUAGCGCGGUAGGUGCCGUGGUGGCUGCGUCGUCGCGCGUGGGUGCGAGUUCCGCGUUGGGGGCUGGCGGGGCGGGGCGGGGGCGGGGUCCCCUGGGCGCCCCGAGUGCGGCUUGAUCCGCCCUCAGAAGUCACUGCCCUCGAUCGGGCGCACCCCCCGGGGCACCUGCCCCGCCGCCCUGCCCCUGCCCUUCCCGGCCUGCAGGGCCCCCAGGCGCGAGUCCCUCUGCUGGGAAAAGGCGGCCGCCCCCCGCCUCCCGCAGGGGAAGCGACGCAGACAGGGCCUCGCGUCCUCCCCGCGCGCCGCGCCCCAGAGCCCGCGCGGCCGUGUAGCACUUUCCCCGGUUCCCCCCCCAAGCGCCGCCUGCCCGGCUCCUCCGGCGCCCAGGCGGCCAUCGCUGGUGGCAGUGGGCGCAGGAGACCGGGGCCCGGGAGCCGGGCGCACUGGGCGGCCCCUCGCUCCCCGCCUCCCGCGCCCCGCGAUGGAUCAGAGGCUCUCGGAGUUGAUCGAGGACCUCACGACAUCGGGGGAGCCCCGGCUGGACCCCGAGAGGAUGAAGGAGCUAAAGAAGAUGUGCAAGUCCUCGGAGGAGCAGCUCAGCCGCGCCUACCACCUGCUGACGGCCCAGCUGCGGCAGGAGCACGCCGAGGUCCGCCUCUCCGCCUUCCAGGUCGCCGAGGAGCUCUUCGCCCGCUCCCACCUGUUCCGGCUGCUGGUCGUCUCCGACUUCCAGGGGUUCCUGGAGCUCACGCUGGGCACCGACCCCCGGCAGCCCCUGCCGCCCCCCCGGGAGGCGGCCCAGAGGCUGAGGCAGGCUGCCGCCCGGGCUGUCCAGGGCUGGAGCGAGAAGUUUGGCGCGGCCUAUAAGAAGCUUUCCUUGGGCUACCACUUCCUGAGACACAGCCAGCAGGUGGACUUUCAGGAUGUGAACGCCAGGACGCUGGCGGAGAGAAAGCGGGAGGAGGAGAAGCAGAGGCGUUUAGACAGAAUCUACCGGGAAAGGUCCGAGCAGGCCGUGCGGGAGAUGGAGGCCCCGCCAACCCCAGCAUUUGCUUUCCGGCAGCCGGGGUGUGAGCACGGGGAGGUGGCCCUGUCUCUGGCCAGGGCCCGCCGCCCAGUGGCCACCACGGGGGCCUCGGGGGACGAGGAGGAGAGCGACCAGGAGGACUUUGUGCGGCGCCAUGGGCUGGGCUCCCACAAGUACACGCUGGAUGUGGAGCUCUCAGGCAGCCUCAGGGUGCAGGAGGACGAGGACAAUUGCGCUGUCAUCCAGUCGGCCCGGGACGCGCUCAAGCUCAUCCAGAACAAGUUCCUACCGGCUGUGCGCACCUGGGUCCAGCUGUUCACCCGCGCAGGUGCACGUGGCCAGCACUUGGAGGCCGCCAUCGACUUGAAGGCUGAGCUGGAAACCGCCCUGCGGAGAUCCCAGGAGCUGGACAUUGAGCCCGAGGGGCCUCGCCGGAGGGAGACGGCGGCCCUGGGAGACGAGGACGAGGACGAGGACGAUGGCGACUUUGUGGAGGUCCCGGAGAAGGAGGGGUACGAGGCCUGUGUCCCUGAACACCUGUGGCCUGAGGACGGUUCAGAGAGGGACCUGGCUGCGCAGGGCUUGCUGGCAAGGAAGAGGAGGAGGACGGAUGAGGAGGCGAGCGACCCCACCUCUGCUGCCGCCCAGCUCCACCGGCUCCGCGGCCACUUGCCCCCAGCCCCGUGCCUGAGCCCCAGGGGUGUGGGAAGCCCCUUGCUUGUGGACGAGGAGGUGGACAGCCCCGAGGUCUCGGAGGUGCUGCGGAGCCGCCACAUCACCUUCGCGGGGAGCUUCGAGCCCGUGCAGCACCGGUGCCGGGCCCCCAGGCCCGACGGCCGGCUCUGUGAGCGCCAGGACCGGCUGAAGUGCCCGUUCCACGGCAAGAUCAUCCCCAGAGACGACACGGGGCGGCCCCUGCAACCGGAGGACAGGGCCCGGGAGCAGAGGCAGCAGCUGCAGAGGCAGGCCGGGCGCUCAGACUGGCAGGACCCCGAGUUUAUGAGGGACGUGGAGGUGGCCACAGGGGUGGACCUUGGCUCGUCCAGGGCCGGCAGGAGAGGCAAAGGCAGGAAGAGGAGGCACCCCGGCCUCACCGACCUGAAGCAGCAGGCAGACACCGCCCGCACGCGCAUCGCCAAGAAGGUCUUCGCUAGGGCGGCCGUGCAGAGGGUGGUCACAGCCAUGAACCAGAUGGACCAGAAGAAGCAUGAGAAGUUUGCAAACCAGUUUAACUACGCGCUGAGUUAGGGGCACCUGUGCUGUGGCCCCCUCUGCUCUCAGCUCCUCUCCCUCUGCCAGGGCCCCGGAGGGGAGAGCGAACAGGUCUGGGCAGUGGCCUCCGUCUCCAUGAUUGUGUUCAAUGUGAGGAAAUGGUGCAUCUUCUGAUUAAAA